AUGGAAGGAAAUGGAGGAGCCGAAGCAGUGAUAAAUCUGGAAACUGGAUCUUCGUUGCCGAUUUCGUAUCACCCCUGUUUUGGGCCUCACGAGGAUCUACUCCUUCUCGAAGCCGAUAACAAUCUCAUCUCAGAUAUCUUCAACAAUCGAGUAACAUUGAGAGGACUUGCUGAUGAAGACGCUGUUCUUUGCACCAAAUCCAAAACUUACGCCGUCAAAUUCGUCGGCAAUUCCAAUUCCAUGUUCUUAAUCCCUCCGGCAAACUUCCCCGGAGAUAACGAUAACGAUAAAGUAUCAUCAUCGGUCAUCAAAAUCGCUUCUGGUAACAUGGAGCUCGUUGAGGUUUCUCCAAGACUUGACAAACUCAAGAACCUUCUCUUGGAGAAUCCUUAUGGUGCUAGUGAAGUGGACGAGGACGACGAAUUCGGAAAGAGAGAUGUAGCAAAGUUGUACACGUGGAGAGAUUUGGUUAACGUGAUUCAAGCGAGCGAUGAGGAGUUACGAACCGGUUUACAGAGUCUCUCCGCUAUUGAGAUCGAUGGUUACUGGAGAGUUGUGGACGAGAGUUACCUAGACAUGAUGCUGAGGAUGCUGAUUCACAACUGCGUGCUUAAAGAUUGGUCUUUUGAUGAUCUUGACGAAGACGAAGUUGUGGAUUCUUUGGUAGCUGAUGAGUUCUCUAGAGACCUCGCGAGUCACUGCUUGCGUGAGUUUGGGUGUAAGGUGGAGGAAGGUGGUGAGAAGUGGAAGCUGGAGGAGAAGAUUGUGUGUUUGCAUUUUGCUAGACAGGUGCUGAGAGAUGAGAAGAUGAGAGUGGAGAGUUUCAUGGAGGAGUGGAAGAAGAAGAUUCCUGAUGGGAUUGAAGGGAGGUUUGAGAUGCUUGAAGGUGAGGUUUUGACUGAGAAGAUUGGGAUUGAGACGAGGGUUUAUGUGUUCAGUGUGCGUUCGCUGCCGUCGACUCCAGAGGAAAGGUUCUCUGUGUUGUUUAAGCAUAGACCGAAAUGGGAGUGGAAAGACUUGGAGCCUUACUUGAGGGAUCUUCAGGUUCCGAGACUUUCAAUGGAAGGUUUGCUUUUGAAGUACACACGGAGAGCACAACCUAGAGCUGAUUCACAACCUGUCUUUAGUGCAAGAUAG